AUGUCUGGAAGACGAACACAGUCAGAAUCACGCAUAACCACUGACAAAAGUGUUACAGAUUCAUGGGCAGACAGUUUAGACAGAGACAUUUCCUUUGAAAGCCGCCAUCCACCAGAAAGAGAUUUCGGUAAUCAUGUUUAUCAUGAGUGCGAUAUUUAUCUCCUUAAGCAAAUUGAUUUGGCUAAAGACGAACCGUUUUCAAGAGAAAGGAUUCAAUCCCUUUUGGAAAAAUAUUACAAUUCGAAGCAAACUCAUUGUAGGCUAUAUAUGUUUGAUGAUUCAAUGAGGUUUGAAAGAAUUAAAACAAUGGGCCGUAGAGUAGUGCAAUCAGACUUACGCUAUGAAGAUAUUAAACGCUGUUCAACGUUCCGUUCUAAACCAAACGCAUUAGUUUUGUGCACGUCGAACCAGUUUGGGGAUAAACGUGCUUGUGAAUUAUUUCGCUGUAAAUCACUAGUUGAUCUGAACAAAAUCUGCGAUUUAAUCGACAAAGCUACACAAUCAAAAACAUUCCGAUUAUCACAACGGCCAAUAGUCUACAAUGACAAUCUGAAAUUGACAAAUUACACAAAUAAUAAAAGCAGAACUAUGUCAGCUGAUUCAGUUCAAAAUUUAUCACAGAAGCCAAAAUCGCUUAUAGGCGACUACAGUGAAUAUUCCAAAAAAACAUGUGACGAAGCUGUUGGAUCGUGGAGAAUUUCUAAACGGGAUUAUUAUAGACGCAAUUCCCUGAAAGAAAUCAAACCGUGUGAAGUGGAAAAUAGACAAUUAUACAAGUCAGAUACACAUGAUUUGAACUCAUUAUCAUAUCAAGUAGUCGCAUCUCACUCUUCCACUAAGCAGACAGUUUAUGAACCUAAACUUAGCUUAUAUAACCAAGAGUUUCCCAACGAAAGUAAGCAGCAAAAAUCUAGUAAAUUGCCAAGAAUAAAAAUUGAUAGGGAUUUUACAUCACCAUUUCAAAACUGGGACGAUGCUGUGACCUACUUACAAAUUCAUCCAAUUUAUGGACCACAAAUCAAUGGGCGUGGACCAAUUUACAUGUAUGCAUUACAACUAUGA